AUGUAUGAGUCUCAUGUGGGGAAACAUCUGGAACAGUUGUCACUCUUUGUUCUGCCCCAGAUUGAUGGCGACGAAAUUGAGCAGGAGGAGGGUACCGUUCUGCCUCAGGUCAGUGGCGAUGAAAGUGAGCAGCAAAUUGAGCAGGAUCACGGUGCCGAAGACGAUCAGCACGGCUCCAUGAACCCUCCGUGUGGCCUGGUUCACGGCUGCCAGCGGCCACGCCUGCGCUUUCAAGACGGGCGACAGGCUUUCCACUGCGAUUUACACAUACCCUGUGCCAAGUCAGGACCGCUUGAGGGCGGCCGCCAGAUGGCCGCACCACACAGUGACUUCUGCUUUGCACAUAAGUGCAGCCUCGAAGGCUGUGCUGAUGGCAAGGAGUCAAGCUCGAGCUCACACUACUGCAAGCAGCACACCUGCCUCAGCUCUGGCUGCCACCAGGCCAAGUUUAACAUCCAUAGCCAAAGCGCCAAGUACUGUUCUAAUGUGGCCUCCGAGGUGAGCCACCGUCGGGAACAAGGAGAAGUAGAGGACGAGAUCCACGAUCUUGAAUCCCGCGACCGCGAGCGUAGGCGCCUCCUCGCCGACAAUGUAGAAGAAAGAAGACUGGUCGAAGAGGAAGCCCGGUACGCCGAACAGGUCAAACAAGCCAAGGCCGAACUCGAAAGGAAAAGACCGGCCGAGCACCUCGCCAAGGUAGAAGAAGAGCGAAGGCGACACGAGGCCGAAACACGCUUAGAGGAGGAAGUCGUCGCUAGAUUAACCGCGGAGGAAGCUCGACGUGGAAAGUUACUUUCUGGAUAUGGAUCGGUGUCAGACUCAGAACCAGACGGCUUUCGCCCCCGACACGCGGGACCGUCGAAUACUGCGAAUACGGCUGACGCGCUGCUCAUAGACGGACGCGUCCGGGAGAUUAAUGACAUCAAGGAUGACCCUGACGGCGAUCGCGCUCAUUCUACACACGGAAUCGAUGGAGGGCAUGAAGGAAGUCACUCGCGCCGCGGCGGCUCGAACCCCUACACGACGGUCGAGCGAUUGCGGAAGGCCAUGCUCUCUAAGGCGUUGGCAAGGGCCAACGUUGCCGUCGAACUCGACAAUGCGCAGAAUUUCCAGGGCGCGCGCUCGGCCUACCGGGAAGCAUGCGACCUGCUGCACCAGGUCCUACUGCGGAUGACUAGCGACGAGGAUAAGAAGAAGCUUGAGGCUAUUCGCAAGACUUGUAUUGGCCGUGUCGAAGAGCUGGACCAAAUGCUCCCCGACGAUGAGCAAGAUAUCAAGGAGGACCGCGGCGCGCAGUACGCCGAGGACGCCGAGAGGUGGGAGCUGCGCAAGUCCAAGUCCGAGCUGGAGGACCUGCGCAUCAAGCAGGAGAAGGAUGCGCAGCGCGUCGAAGAUGAAUCCCGUCUCAAUGACGAGUCGCUCCCGGAGCCCUCGCCGAAAAGGGAGUUUGGGUUGUUCUUGGAGCCCUGGACUAGUCGUACACGUGCUGAUGAUCCGCAUAUGACGGACUACGACCGGGAAGCCGAGAGGGAGCGGCUGGAGAGGGAGAUCCAUGACCUGGAGAUGUCGGAUUUGUAG